AUGGCUACUAAUUCUAUUUCUUCUUUUUCUUCUUCUUUGUCCUUGAUGGGUCCUCCAAAUCUUCAACUCAUAGAAGACAUGACCCGAGAUGCUGAAGAAGUCCAGCAAAAUGUGUUGUCUCAAAUCCUAACACAAAAUGCGGAGACCGAAUAUCUCAAAGGCUUGGGUGUCGAUGGGGCCACUGAUCGCGAGACCUUUAAAUCUAAGGUCCCGAUAAGUGGCACCUUCACCGCCCGACAAUCCUUCCCUUACAGCGCCUACACCAGCCCAAACGAGGCCAUCCUCUGCCUCGACACCCACCAAAGCACCUAUGCCCAACUGUUAUGCGGCCUUUACGAACGCGAACAAGUCCUCUCAAUCGGGGCCUCCUUUGCCUCCACCCUACUCCUAGUCAUCAAGUUCCUCGAGCUCAACUGGCAACAACUCGCCCAAAACAUCCGUGCCGGCUCUGUUGACCCCAAUCUCACUCAUGCCUCGACCCGUCAGGCCUUGGCCCGCACAAUGAGACCCGACCCGGACCUGGCCGACCUCAUAACCCGCGAGUGCGCAUGCAGUAAUUGGAAAGGGAUCAUCGCCCGCAUCUGGCCGAAUGUAAAGUACCUGGACGUGAUAGCCACGGGACCCAUGGCCCAGUACAUCCCGGCACUCAACCACUACAGCGGUGGGCUCCCUAUCGCAAGCACCAUAUAUGUGUCCUCCGAGUGCUUCUUCGGGAUCAACCUCAACCCGCUGCGUACCCCUCCCGAGGCGUCGUCCUACACCCUGAUGCCUCACAUGGCCUACUUUGAGUUCCUUCCGCACGGCCGAGGAGGAGAGGGGCCCAUUGACCUGGUCAACGUCGAGCUCGGAAAGGAGUACGAGGUGGUGGUCACGACGCGGACGGGUCUCUACCGGUACCGAAUGGGUGACGUCCUGCGGGUAUCUGGGUUCCAUAAUCGGGCCCCGCAGUUCGUUUUCAUCGGGCGGAAGAGCGUGCUCUCGAGCGUUAACGGGGAGAAGGUGGAUGAGGCCGAGCUGCAGGCAGCAGUGGAGGUAGCUGCAGCGGUUUUAGCUAUGGAGUGUGGGACGGGCUUGGUAGACUACACGAGCCGCACGGACAAUACAGUCUCCCCGGGGCACUACAUUGUGUACUGGGAGCUGCAAGAGAAGGGGAGCCAAGCCUGUGGGGAUGUGUUGGCCAAGUGCUGCCUGGGGGUGGAGGAGUCGUUCAAUUGGGUGUACCGUAUGAUGCGGGCUGCAGAUAGAUCAAUUGGGCCGUUGGAGAUCAGAGUAGUGAGGAAGGGGAGCUUCGAUGAGUUGAUGGAGCACGCCAUCUCGAGGGGAGCUUCCCUUAGUCAGUACAAGGUGCCCAGGUGUGUUAGGUCCAAGGAAAUGGCGGAUCUUCUCGACUCACGGGUCGUAUCCACGCAUUUCAGCCCCUCGAUGCCACAUUGGAUCCCGGAAAAACCUCUGUAG